AUGUCUAUACGACCUGUGGUUUUAGAUGAUGUUGGAGAAACGUCUUUUGAAGACGUUGAAAGCACUUUUACAUAUAAAAAUGAGGAUGUUGAGGUACCGAGAUUAGCUCCGAACUCAGCAGUCUCGACUACAACAACGGAAACGACGACGUUCUCGAAUGAAAAGGGGUACUCUUCCCAUACAGAACCGGCUAGUGAUUUUGACAAUGAUAUAAACUACAACAGUGAUUUCGAAGAGUAUCAGGGUGGUCAAGAUGUACCGCUUUCCGUGGAUGAACGACUUAGAGAGAAUUCUGAACAAGACGAAUUGGAGGAGUUGCAAGAGCAAUUGGAGGAAAAAUUGUCUUUGAAUCUGCGGCCUGGGAUGCAAAGUCAGAACCGGAAUUCGAACUCUAGUAAUUUUCCUCUCAGGAACUUAGGAGCAGGAGGAAGACCAUAUGCAAAAGAUUCAGUACGGCAGCCUAGGUCUAUGGUUGAUUUGGCUACUAAGAGGAAUGAAAACAUGAGGCGUAUACCGAAUAGUAGAUCAUAUAUGAAUCUCAGGCCAAGUUCAAGGAGGACACUUCUCUACAAGAAAUCCAUGCCUUCAAUGAUGCGGUUUGAUCACCAAGAUGCGCUGAUAGAGAACGAUGGUGAUGACGAUGAUGACGAUGAAGAUGACGAACCGCGUCUUUACGUUCCGAGGAGCAGAUCAAGCUAUAAAGACAUGCAUCUAGUAACGGACAAUGAUGAAGAUGAUGCUGACUUUGAUAAUGACUUUGAAGGUAUAGAUGAGAAUUUCAGGUUUGACACCGGUAAUAACGAUAAUAUGAAUAACGAUUUCAACGAAGGAUAUCCUGCCUUCAACGCUGCACUGCGUCUCUCGCCAACGUAUUAUGAAAUUGAACACGAUGACACUUUAUUAACUCCGCAGUUGCACAAGAAGCAUAAAGACUAUGAGGUCCCGCUAGAAAGGUAUAGGGAAAAUCGGAAUUAUUAUAUGUCUAGAUCUAGGUCAGGGAAUGUGAAUAUUGAUCCGACUAAACGUCGUUCUACCAGAGCGAAAACGCGACUAAAAACCAUCAGACAAGAGAUUGACUUAAACACUCCGAUGAAGAGAGGUAAAAUGAAAUAUAAUCCCAGAGAGAAGAGAUGGGAUGGGAAUGAAGACAUACUACGUAAUUUCGAAAAUAUCGAAAAUGUUGAUCGGAAAGCAUUUAUUAUCAAAACCAAACGUUCAAGGUCCCCACUGAAAAGAUCGUCUUCCAAUCAGGUUCUGCUGCCGUCUUCCUCCUCGAACAACAACAAUAAUAUUGUGUCUUCAAACUCAAAUAAUAACCUGAACUCCAACACGAACGCUAACUCGAACUCGCAACAUGGAAAAGUCGUAGGGAAAAUGAAGUUCGAUGAGAAGAAUCUUCGGUGGGUGAGAGUAGACGGGCCAGAAGAGGACCCUUUCCAGGGCAUAUCUGACUUACCGCCAGUGCUAUCGCAUUCUUCCCCCUCCAAAAACGUCAAGUUCCAAACUCUCAAUGGGUCAAACCCUUUACGGUCCCAAUCCCACCUUCCCUUUUUCAGAGACGAGAAUGGAAACAGGUACCUGUCAUCAGACUCUACAAGAUUCCAUUCCCUCACCAUAAACCACGCUACCACGGACCCUACUUACCAGAUCUCAAGCAAGCAGCUCGAAAAGUUCUACCAUGAAGAAAACAAAUGGAGUAGAAAGGUUGGUGGAUGGUUUAUACUAGGCGACAAAACUACGAACAAUAAUGACAAUAUCAAUACAAAUGAUACCCAUGGCCCUUCGCCAGAUCAAUCGCAUACUACUCCGAAUGACAAGUCCUACAUGUACGAAAUCAGGAAUAUGGUCAUGUCUUCUGCUCAGAAUUGA